AUGCAUGCUUCAUACUUCUCAUACAACCUUAGCAGACCAUACCCUUAUGUAUGGUUUACUCCGGUUGUUCUUGUAAGUGGAUUGAUCGCGACGGCACUUAUCGCAUUUCUAAGCGUCGCGACUCAAGGUUACGAGACUAUUUCCAUGGCUACCUCCAAUCCCAACACGACCAGCGAUAAUCGUAAUCCUUUCUCGGACUGGCCUUCCUUCCUGACCGCAAACACAAAGUCGCUCUGCUCCACCACGACGAUCCCCAUUGGCACUGAGUUCUACACCAACAAUACCGCCCUCAAGUAUACAGUUACCAAGAUUUGGCGCGGCGACAAUCCAAAGGAGCCAGAUGCACUGCUGGGAUCAUUGCCCUAUCUCAACAACCCCUUCCAAUCAUGUGCAGUAAACGGUAUCACGAUUGAGUUUGAGGGCAUCGAUCGCAGUGCCUCUCAGAUCGCGCUUCAGCAAUGGGGCGCCAAGCUACGAGCUUCGCUAUCCUGUGAGGUAGACACGCCUGGCGGCAGAACGACCGUGAACAUGACAACAACCUACGACGUCAACGGCAUCGAUAACGAUGUGGGCACAGCGUUCUCAGGUCGGAACGACACAGAUAAGGCAAGCUUAUGGUGGGGAGAGUCACUUCUUGCUUGGUACUCAAUAGCCUUGACCAACGACAUGCACGUUGCUAACGAGAAGUUCUUCCGGGGAGAGAAUGACAAAGAUGUUCCUCCAAUUUACAAGGGUCACAUUUCCUUCACGAAAAGAAAGACAGUCGUGCCAUCGGCGCAGGAUAUCAAGGCGCUGGAUUUCUUCCAAGUCAGCUGCUUCUUCGUCCCUUUCAGCAACAAUGGCGUAUCUCCCAACGUUUAUUACUGCAGCCAUGAGAAAAUGAAAAACUCACAUUUGAUCGAGAAGCUAUCCAAAGCGGACGACAGCGACCAGUUGAUGCCUCUCCCUGGUAUUUGGAUCUCGGCAGAUAGCCUGGCUAAAGCCUUCUAUUUCACCAUUCACGCCGAUCUUGGACAGACAGACUCGGGACUGAAUAUUCUGGACAACGUUGAGCUUCUGACCCAUUACACCAAAGACUAUGAAGCUAUCCAGAAUCGCACGCCUAUUUGGGGCGACAAUCUCAGAGUCAACACCACAGAAGGGUUAGCUCAUCGCGCAUUCACAUCCAAAGACGCCCCUGUAAAGGAGUUAGGAAUCAAGCCUUCUGUCAUCUCAACUACAUUUCUUUGUCAGAUCCCUCGUCUGAAAAGCAGGCCAACGCUCAUUGUCUCUGUCAUCAUCAAUACAAUAGUCAUCCUAUCAGCUCUUUGGAGAUCAUACCAAUUCCUUAUCGAUGCAAUUCUGUCAAAGAACGAUCCGGAAAUGAUGAAUUGUGCUGCAUGCAUUGCAACGACGGCAAAGGAGGUAGAAUAUGAAGCCGGGUAUUCUUCUGGACAAUCAUCGCAGAGCGUAGGAAUACCGAGUAGGGUCAAAGCACGCUAUUCUUCUAUACAACAAGACGAGGAUCUCUAA